CUCUACACAUCGCAUAUCUCCGUCAACACACAUUCCCAGCUUACCGCUUUCCACUCUUACAACACAAUCAUGAUCACCGACGACCAACUCUACCAACUCGCCAUCUUCCUUGGCAGCGUCAGCAUGCUCCUGAUCGUCCUCUACCACUUCCUCGAAGUCAAUGCCGAAAACGACGACAAGACUCCUCUGUCCGCAGAGCGCAAAGCAGACACUGUGCCUGGUGCAAAGCCCGUCAGAUCAUAA